AUGCCCGAUAAGAACAAGCCAUCUGCGGAACGGCGCGACGGCACGAAACUGGAAGAAGAGAGCCCGCAAACCUUAACCGCGAUAAAUCAGGGCUCGUCCAAUCGGGAAAAAGGAAGAAGGGGUCUGAUAAGAUGGUCACUUCUUCAGCCUACGGGGCAUGAGCCCGAGAGGAUCAGCGUCGGAACAGCCAUCGGCCUGAAGGGUCCUGGCAACGGCAAGCGAAAGCGCAGACGCUAG